AUGAGCUGUGAACAGGCGUGGUGGGCCGGCCUCAUUUCCUGUUGUUGUAGUCCGUCAGCCGAGGUGGGGGACGGGGGGCGGGACAAAGGGGGAGGAGGGGUGAGGAGGCGAGGAGGCGAGGAGGGGAGGAGGGGAGGCAGGGGGGGUCGCUCCCUCGAGAUUCCCCCGGCUCGAGGACUUUAUCAGGAGAGACUCUACAGGUCAGGAGAGACCCUACUGGUCAAGAGAGAUUCUACAGGUCAAGAGAGACCCUACAGGUCAAGAGAGACUCUACAGGUCAAGACAGACCCUACAGGUCAAGAGAGACUCUACAGGUCAAGAGAGACCCUACAGAUCAAGAGAGACUCUACAGGUCAAGAGAGACCCUACAGGUCAAGAGAGACUCUACAGGUCAGGAGAGACCCUACAGGUCAGGAGAGACCCUACUGGUCAAGAGAGACUCUACAGGUCAAGAGAGACCCUACAGGUCAAGAGAGACUCUACAGGUCAGGAGAGACUCUACAGGUCAAGAGAGACUCUACAGGUCAGGAGAGACCCUACAGGUCAAGAGAGACCCUACAGGUCAAGAGAGACCCUACAGGUCAAGAGAGACUCUACAGGUCAGGAGAGACCCUACUGGUCAAGAGAGACCCUACAGGUCAAGAGAGACCCUACUGGUCAGGAGAGACUCUACAGGUCAGGAGAGACUCUACAGGUCAGGAGAGACUCUACAGGUCAGGAGAGACUCUACAGGUCAGGAGAGACUCUACAGGUCAAGAGAGACCCUACAGGUCAAGAGAGACCCUACAGGUCAAGAGAGACUCUACAGGUCAGGAGAGACCCUACAGGUCAAGAGAGACUCUACAGGUCAGGAGAGACUCUACAGGUCAAGAGAGACUCUACAGGUCAGGAGAGACCCUACUGGUCAAGAGAGACCCUACAGGUCAAGAGAGACCCUACUGGUCAAGAGAGACUCUACAGGUCAGGAGAGACCCUACUGGUCAAGAGAGACUCUACAGGUCAGGAGAGACCCUACUGGUCAAGAGAGACUCUACAGGUCAAGAGAGACCCUACAGGUCAAGAGAGACUCUACAGGUCAGGAGAGACUCUACAGGUCAAGAGAGACUCUACAGGUCAGGAGAGACCCUACAGGUCAAGAGAGACUCUACAGGUCAGGAGAGACCCUACAGGUCAGGAGAGACCCUACUGGUCAAGAGAGACUCUACAGGUCAAGAGAGACUCUACAGGUCAGGAGAGACCCUACAGGUCAGGAGAGACCCUACUGGUCAAGAGAGACCCUACUGGUCAAGAGAGACUCUACAGGUCAAGAGAGACUCUACAGGUCAGGAGAGACCCUACAGGUCAAGAGAGACUCUACAGGUCAGGAGAGACCCUACAGGUCAGGAGAGACCCUACUGGUCAAGAGAGACUCUACAGGUCAGGAGAGACUCUACAGAUCAAGAGAGACUCUACAGGUCAGGAGAGACCCUACAGGUCAAGAGAGACCCUACAGCUCAAGAGAGACUCUACAGGUCAGGAGAGACUCUACAGGUCAAGAGAGACUCUACAGAUCAGGAGAGACCCUACUGUUCAAGAGAGACUCUACAGGUCAAGAGAGACUCUACAGGUCAGGAGAGACCCUACAGGUCAGGAGAGACUCUACAGGUCAGGAGAGACUCUACAGGUCAGGAGAGACCCUACAGGUCAGGAGAGACUCUACAGGUCAGGAGAGACCCUACAGUUCAGGAGAGACUCUACAGGUCAGGAGAGACCGGGCCCUGGUCGCGGUGA